UACACGUUAGAGGUCCAUUAUUUAAGGACAAGACUUUCGAGCUUUUUGCUACACAAAUAAAAAGAACCCUAAAAAAGCUUUUACUACCAUCUAAAGCCUCUCUGUUAAUUUCUCUAUCUUUCUUUUUUAAAUCUCUCUCCUUUUCUAAAACAUGUUGAUAAUUAGACUUCCAAACAAUCCUUUCUUCCCAUUCAAUCAAAACUUUUUUAAAUUCCGUCCAGUCUUUUUUAAACUUAAAAAAUUUUGUUUAAAAUCUUUUUUUACCUAACCUGAAAUUUUGCCUUUUCUCUUUUUUCUAAAUAAUCUGGACUUUGUGGAGUGUUAUGCAGUUCAAUGAUAGGAGAUACUCUGAUUUCUUCUGAGAAUUUGGUUGAUGGACUUAGAUUGUCUACCUCGUCGUCAUCUACCACUUCAAUCUCUGUUACUCUUCGAAAUGGCAAAAAUCUUCCGUUAUAUUCCUCUUCCUUUUCAAUUUCUGUAACUCUUCCUCCUCCUCUUCUAUAUCUUCCUCUUCUUCUUAACCCUUCUUCCUCCUCUUCUAUAUCAUCCUCUUCUUCGAUCUCUGAAAAUCCUCUUCCAUCAUGUUCUUCCCUUACUUCCUUUAUUUCUUCCUCUAUUUCGGAAACUCUUCCUCUUCCACUAUUUUCAUCACCCACUUCUUCAAUUUCGGAAACUCCUCCUCUGCUAUAUCCAUUCUUCACUUCUUCAAUUUCAGUGUAGCUUUCCCUUCCAUCAUGUUCUUCCCUUACUUCCUCCAUUUCCUCUAUUUCAGAAACUCUUCCUCUUCCACCAUUUUCAUCACCCACUUCUUCAAUUUCGGAAACUCCUCCUCUGUUAUAUCCAUCCUUCACUCCUUCAAUUUCAGUGUAGCUUUCCCUUCCAUCAUUUUCAUUUCUUACUUCAAUCUCUUCAAUCUCUGAAGGCCCGUCUUUCCUAUCUUUUUUAUCCUUCAUCUCUUCAAUUUCACUUGUUGCUCCAAAUAUUUUCUUUAUUCUAUCUUCCUCCUCUUUCACAAUUCUCUUCCCUUUCCUCUCAAUUUCACUCUUCUCUUUCUUUUCUCUUUCAUCAUCAAAAUUUAAUUUUAAUCGUUUCCGUCUGUUUUCCUCCUCUUCUUCCAAUUUUAUCAUUUUUUGAGAACCUUCUUCAGCAUUAAAACUUUUCCUCUUUAACAUUUCUUUUCUUUGAGGGCUCUCUCUUAACGAUCCAUCACUUAAACUUUUAACCAGAGAUUUUCUAGAAUAUUUAUUUGCCGAUCCUUCUUCUUUGUCGCUUUCACUUUCUUCACCAAACACUCCUUUAAGUGAGGCAGAAUCAAUUUGGACUGAUUCG